AUGGUUUUGUUCGUUAUCGCUUCUGAUUGUGAUGCUUGGCGAAGGCGUCGUCGACGUCGAUUUGUCUGUACUCCGCGAAGCUGCGAAGUUAGUUAUUGGUCGACCUGGAGCACGUGCAGCACGGAUCAGUGCGGGCAGCAAGGAUCCCAAGGACGAUCAAGAAUUGUACAGUCCUUGCCAAGUUGUGCGGGAGCGCAAUGCCCCGAUCUAAAUGAAACACGACUGUGUUAUGGAAAUAAACCGGUGAACUGUCACUUAAGCCAUUGGUCGUCCUGGAGUGCGUGCAGCACGGAUCAGUGCGGGAAGCAAGGAUCCCAAAGACGAUCAAGAACUGUAGAGUCCUCGCCAAAUUGUGGGGGAGCGCGAUGCCCUGAUCUAAAUGAAACAUGGCUGUGUUAUGGAAAUAAACCGGUGAACUGUAACUUAAGCCACUGGUCAGAAUGGAGCGCUUGCACUACUGUGUGUGGCGUAUCAGGGAAACAGACAACUUCUCGCCAUAAAACGAGAACAGAAAAAUGUGGAGGAAUAUGUACGUCCACCUUCUAUAAAACACGAGCCUGUCGUCUCACGAGUUGUUUAAACGGAGGAAGUUUAGGAGGUGAAACAUGUUUCUGUAAGAAAGGCUUUGGUGGCAAUUGCUGUGAGAAAGAAGAUUCAUCUUUGUCGACGGGUGAAAUUUGCGGAGUAGUCAUUGGCUCAGUCGCCGGGGUGUGUCUUUUUAUCAUCCUACCCAUUAGGUUAUAUCUAAAAUGGAAAGAAGAUCGAGUCACAGCAUUAUAGUAAAGUUCAUGUUUGUAGUCUACUUGCAGCUUUGAAGUAACCGACAGACAUUCCUUUGUCUCCUAAGGAGUCCCUAAGGCACCCCUUGUAUCAUAAAUUGUUUUGAGAAGAGCAGUUAACCAUGAUAUUAUUGCUCAGAUGAUUAUGGAAGUAAAAAUAAAUUACCGAGCUCCUAAAAAUGGCCCCUACGU